GGGAACAGGUUGAACCUCUCCAGCUCCCGGCCGCGGUGCUCUGCCCUGGCCUGGCGGCGCCCUCCUGGCGGUCCCGGCCUUGGUGCGCGCAUGUCGGUAUGGCGCCUCCGUGGCGUCACUCCAGACCGCGCCGCCCAGCCUACCGGACCGACAUGAAGCUUCGACUCGCCGUGAGUUUGGCCGCUGUCGCCGUUUUCGCGCUUUCUCCAGCGCCGGGUGCCGCUUCUCCAGCACCGGGUGCCACUUCUCCACCGCCGGGAAUCACUUCUCCAGCACCGGGUGCCGCUUCUCCAGCACCGGGUGCCGCUUCUUCAGCGCCCGGUGCCACUUCUUCAGGACCGGGUGCCGCUUCUCCAGCACCGGGUGCCACUUCUCCAGCACCGGGUGCCACUUCUCCAGCAGCACCUGGUGCCCCUUCUCCACCGCACGCUCCUACUACUUCUACUUCUCCGGCGCCGGCAGAGCUCACCUCUUCGACGGAGGCCACGACGACGCAAAAGGACGAUGACGACUGCUACGACGACUUCGAGUACAGCAACAACCCGGAGCUCCUGGAGAGACUCAAGAAGUACGACGUCGCCAAGGUCCUCGAGGGUCUGGGCGGCGCGCCGGGCAAAGUGAACGCGACCUGGAGAGACCGGAAGGACGUCCCGGACAGGGAGGCGGUGCUCGAACAAGGCGCCCAGCACCUCGCCGACAACACCAACUCGUCCUACUGGCUGUACGAGUACGCGUCCACGGACUACGACAAGUACGUGCGGCUGGAGCACGCGCUGCUGCGCUCCAAGGGGACGGCCGACGAGUACGUGGACGUGCGCGGCGAGGUGUGGUGGUCCCCCGAGGAGGGGCUGUGCGGCGCGCUGCGGCACGCCAAGUACCGCCAGGACGACAAGGGAGGGUUCGUCGCCGAGGUGCUGCAGGCGCACUGCAACAUCUUCCGCAAGGACAAGACCCUGUCCUGCUACGGGCCCGACAGCGAGAACCCCUGCGCCUUCUGCAUCUCGAGCACGUCCGGCGCCCUCAUCGCCUCACUGGUCGGAUAGCCGUCAAAAUGUAUCCCGCGUAGACAAUGUCGUGUGGGUGGGCUAGUUACAGUUGUAUUUGACGAUUGGAAAGUUCGAAAUUUUCCCGGGAAACAUUGGAAACUUUUUAAGGAAAAGAUUGAAAACAUUGAAAUAUUUUCAGAAAAAUUUGAAACGAACUUUCCAGGACUUUUAUAAAGAAAAUUCGUGAAAAUUUUCCCCAAAACACUUUUCUGGAAAAUUAAAAUUCCGAAGCACCUUAUCUCAAAAACUCUGAAAGCAAUUAUGAAAUUGUAUGAAAGAAAGGAUCCUAACCAACGGCAUGCCGAGCCGAUACCCCACGAAGCAGGGACUGCAUUCCCAUUCACCCCGAAUUACAAACUUUGUCGUCGUCUGGCGAAAGGUCGUUGAAUAAUGCAGCGAGCGUACGGCUAUGGAAACGUGGGGCCAAAACUCGAAACUCAAUAAAGAAAAAAAAUACCAACCUG